AUGAACAACAAUCGAAUGAAGUAUAGCUAUUCAAUUUUGCUACUUGCACUUUUCUAUAUAUUGGCAAUUUCCCUCACCACCACUGCCUUGUAUGUAAUUAUCCCGGAUAACACCGCAGUUCUUCCGACAGGUCGUGUCCUUCCCUUACUCUACAUUGGUGGUGGAGUCUUGAGUGGACAAAAUGCAACACUCACACUGUACAGACAAAGACAAGAUCAAGCUGAUGAAUUAGUCAUGACAAGUGAAGUUAACAUUCCAGGAGCUUCUGGUUACGUCCCUUGGGUCAUUCCAGUGAAUGCAACUCAAAGCUGUUCCUAUUAUGCAUGUCUCAAUCCUACUAAUACCUCAAUUACUCACUCUACUGAUUGUUAUGCAGUUGGUGGUUUCUAUUGUUCUUACAAUCCAGAUUUGGUCAACUCUGGUGGAGCUCCAAGAAGACCUUACUUGACAUUGGAUUAUCCACAACAAUAUACCAAAUGGUUCACUGGCCAAAACUACUCAGUUGUAUAUAGUCAAUUCUUUGGAAAUGGUGUUGAAAAUGGUGCUCAGGGUUCAAUUUCAAUUUCCAUUAGUUUGUGGAAGAAUGGUGGUCAACAAGCUGAUACUCAAGUAGAAAACUCAAAGAAUUCAUAUAUUCUUGAUAAGAGUAAGCCAUUUGGUGAGUUAUCAUAUCUGGUUCCAACAAUGCCAGAUGUCAAAUAUGGUAACAUGUAUUACUUGUGUGCAGAGUUAGUUUCGAAUGAAGCAGGAGUUGAUCCAAAGAGUAAUAACCAAACUAAUCAAGCUGAUGAAGGUGUCUGUUUUGCCAAAUCAGGCAUGUUUUCAUUAUCAUCUGGUAGUUUCAACAUUAGUCAACCAGUUGCUAAUGCUCAAUGGCAAUUCAACACAACUCAAUUCUUGGAAUUCUCUGAAAAUUUCAAUUUCGAUCAAUUCUCAGUCAGUGUAUUCCAAAUCAGAGAUCAAAACAGAGAAUAUGUUGUAGAUGAUGUCAGAUUAAUUAAUGUCAAUCAACAAGCUGCAGCUCCACCAAGAAGUGGUAAAAUUCCAUUCAUUAUCAUGUGGGGCGGAGCUUUACAAACAACUCCGGGAUGUUCCUAUUUUAUUUGUGUGAAUCCAGUCUUUGUUGGACCUUUUAAUGUUAGAUGUUUGGCUAAGAGUGAAGUUUUCUGUAUUAGUGGAGGUCAAGAACAACCAUUACCUGUUCCUCAACAACAACAACAGCAACAACAAGGUGGUCAACCACAACAAGGUGGUCAACCAAUGGGUCCUCCUCCACAACAAGCUCCUGCCCAAGGUCAACAACAACAACAAGGAGCUCCUCCUCAACAACAAACUGGUCAACCACAAGUUAGAAGUUUGCAUGCAGCUGAUAAUACUGAAGCAGCUCCUGUCUUUUACAUGCCACAUAUUCCUGCCAAUAAUCAUCACAUUCCAAUUAGACAGAGAACUCUCUAUUACGGACAACAUCCAACUCAAUACUAUCCAUAUCAUUUGAAUUAUCAACCACAAAUUUUCAAUCAAAGAAAUCCUUUUUAA